AUGUCGAGGGUUAUCCCAAAAUUUAAUUCAGCUGUCUUCGAUUCCCCUACCGAAGAGAUGAAAGGUCACCUUAAACCUUUAUUACUAACUUUGAUGAUAGAAGGGCACGAGGUAAAUAAGGUGUUGGUUGACGGAGGUGCAGUUGUGAAUAUCCUGCCCAGGACAAUGCUGAAGAGGUUUGGGAAGUCCAUGGCUGAUUUGAAGCCUCAUAAUAUAUUGAUCUCAGACUAUGCAGGAAAGUCUUCACAUCCUGAGGGUAUGAUUCUGCUUGAUGUUCAGAUUGGAAGCGUGAAGAGAACUACUAUGUUUAUAGUAACAUUAUCCAAAGCAAAUUUUAACGUCUUGCUAGGUCGAGAAUGGAUCCAUGGGGUAGGAGCUGUCCCUUCCACAGUGCACCAAAAGAUUUUCUUUUGGAACGAUGAUGAAGGGAAGGAAGUCCUUGAGGCUAAUCAAAAAAUAUAUGAGGUAGGUAUGUACUUUGUUGAUCAAUAA